AUGUCCAUGUUGCCGUACCGUGUGUUGUGUCUAUUGGCCAUUGUGCUCUGCUGUGUGGGUGUGACUCAUGCUGAUGAUGUAAAACGCACCAGUAUAAUUCUGGAAGAAGCACGAGACAGAGGGGAAAAAACUUCUAAACUGAAAGAGGAGUGCGAUAGGGCCGGCAAGGAAGCUGAAGAGGCUGCCCAUAAUGCUACAGUCUUCGCCCAGCGCAUUGAAUCUUCUGUCGAUAAAAUUGCUGUUGACCCAAAAGAGGUAGAGAAGAAGAAGUUGGAAGGUGAUGCACUUAUCAAGAAAGCAAGGAGAGCCGCAGCCAAGGCGAGAGAAGUUGCUCAAAGAACUGAAAAGAGUGCAACUGAAACUCAUCACAACGCCAUGUAUGCUCUUGGACAAGCUAAACACCAUCACGGAUCAUUGAAGGGGAAAAAUGUGAAGGCUCCAUUUGCUGAUAUGAAAACAGCUGCUAAAAACGUCGGCAAGGAAGCUCAAGAUGCACGCCAAGUAGUUCGUAAAACUAAAGGUCAUGCGAGGAAGGCGGAUGCUGCCAUCAAAAAUGUGAAGGAUGCCCUGAAGAAACUAGACACCGCAGUUGCUGCUGCUGCUGCUCCCAAAAACAUAAAUAAACAACAAAUUAUACAGACCAUGGAAAAUAAUGUGAAGCCGCAGACACAUUCACAAAUGCAGGAACCACUGCCAACAAAUGAAGGCAGUGUUACUAUGGGUGCACACGAAACCAGUGGUUUACUCAACACAGUGGAAGUGAAUGGAACCCACUUGGAGGAGAGACACCAUAUCGAUGCGGAAGAAAGUAACACCUCUGAGCAUUAUCAUGCACAGCAGAAAAAAGAAGAGGUGCGUAACAGUACGGACCAACGAUCACAUGAAAGAAGUGAGGCAAAAGAGAUGACUGACGAUUUGCACACACCACAGGCACAAACACAACAAGGAAACCUAUCAGAGAACCAGACUCACAGUGGCAGGAUAUUGCGACAAACUCAGUAUUUUUCUUACCCUUAUUCUUCUGAUACUCCUAAUCUUCGUGAAAUGGCUGCCAAUGCUCUUCUCAAGAGUGAUGCACUCGCAAAGGCAGUCCAUCAACUGGACGGCAGCAGCAGCCCUGCGUUACUGCGUGUUCCACUCCUGUUGCUGCUGCUCUCUGUGCUGGGCUGCAUGACCGUGUGCUGA